GUUUGGUUACCGGGACCACAAUGUACGGAAAGCCCUCUGCCUUGCCGCAUCCGUGCUGACCUGUGGGGUCCUUCUGCUGGUGUUCUACUGGAGACCCCAGUGGAGAGUGUGGGCCAACUGCAUCCCAUGCCCCUUGCGAGAAGCAGACACUGUUUUGCUGAGGACAACAGACAAAUUUCAAAGAUAUAUAAGGAAGAAGGUAUUCUGCCUCUACUUAUCCACACUGAAGUUUCCUGUAAGCAAGAAGUGGGAAGAAUCCCUAGUGGCUGACUGCCAUUCUAUCAGAAACCAAGCCUUAAUAAAGCCAGAAUUAAAACUGCGAUGCAUCCAAGUGCAGAAAAUCAGGUAUGUUUGGAACAACCUGGAGAAGCAGUUUCAGAAAGUUGGGUUGCUAGAAGACGGCAACUCCUGCUCUGACAUCCAUCAGACAUUUGGACUGGGUCUGACCAGUGAAGAGCAAGAGGUCAGAAGGUUAGUGUGUGGGCCUAACACCAUUGACGUGGAAAUCCAACCCAUAUGGAAGCUGCUUGUUAAACAGGUUUUAAAUCCAUUCUAUGUGUUCCAAGCCUUCACCCUAACUUUGUGGCUGUCUCAAGGUUACAUAGAGUACUCUGUGGCCAUCAUCAUUUUGACAGUUAUCUCCAUUGUCUUAAGCGUGUAUGAUUUGCGACAGCAAUCAGUUAAGCUGCAUAACCUCGUGGAGGACCACAACAAAGUCCAGGUUACAAUCAUUGUAAAAGACAAAGGUUUGGAGGAGCUGGAAUCCCGUCUCUUGGUUCCCGGAGACCUUCUUCUUCUUCCAGGAAAAUGUUCAUUGCCAUGUGAUGCUAUUUUGAUUGAUGGAAGCUGCGUGGUGAAUGAAGGCAUGCUUACAGGAGAAAGUAUACCUGUUACAAAGACACCAUUGCCCCAGAUGGAGAACACCAUGCCUUGGAAAUGUCACAGUUUGGAGGAUUAUCGGAAACACGUCCUCUUCUGUGGAACAGAAGUUAUCCAGGUCAAGGCCUCUGGGCAGGGGCCCGUAAGAGCAGUCGUUUUGCAAACAGGUUACAAUACAGCCAAAGGGGACUUAGUGAGAUCCAUCCUGUACCCCCGGCCUCUGAACUUCAAACUAUACAGCGAUGCCUUCAAGUUCAUGGUGUUCCUGGCCUGCCUUGGUGUCAUGGGUUUUUUCUAUGCCCUAGGGGUAUAUGCGUACCAUGGAGUCCCUCCAAAAGAUACUGCGACCAUGGCCCUGAUCCUCCUCACCACGACUGUCCCUCCAGUGCUGCCGGCUGCCCUGACCAUAGGCAACGUGUAUGCUCAGAAGAGACUGAAGAAAAAGAAAAUCUUCUGUAUCUCUCCACAGAGAAUCAACAUGUGUGGGCAAAUAAACCUCGUGUGCUUUGACAAAGGACCUGGAAAGGUGGCAGAGGAGGACCAUAUGCCACAUGGAGAAGACUGCGGUUACCACGCAUGUCCUGAUACCCCCCAUGAUACUGGCACUCUCACUGAAGAUGGGCUGGACCUCUGGCAGACUGUCCCUACUGCUGACAACUGCUUCCAGGAAGCCCACAGCUUUGCCUCGGGCCAGGCUGUGCCAUGGGGCCCACUGUGUGCGGCCAUGGCCAGCUGCCACUCUCUGAUCCUUCUCAGUGGAACCAUCCAGGGAGACCCUCUGGACCUCAAAAUGUUUGAGGGCACUGCCUGGAAAAUGGAAGAUUGCAAUGUAGACUCCUGCAAAUUUGGGAUGUCAGUUUCAAACAUCAUAAAACCAGGACCAAAAGCCAGUCAGAGUCCGGUGGAAGCCAUCGCCACCUUGCGCCAGUUUCCAUUUUCCUCGAGCCUGCAGAGGAUGUCGGUGAUCGCUCAGCUAGCUGGGGAGAAUCACUUCCAUGUCUACAUGAAGGGUGCCCCAGAAAUGGUGGCCAGGUUCUGCAGAUCUGGAACAGUGCCUAAGGAUUUCCCACAGGAACUGAGGAAGUACACGGUGCAAGGAUUCCGUGUCAUUGCUCUUGCCCACAAAACCAUAAAGACGGGGAAUCUUUCAGACGUGGAGCACUUAGCCAGAGAAAAAGUGGAGUCAGAGUUAACAUUUCUGGGACUUCUCAUCAUGGAGAAUCGUUUGAAAAAAGAAACCAAACCGGUCUUGAAGGAACUGUGCGAGGCUCGUAUCAGGACUGUGAUGAUUACAGGUGACAACCUUCAAACAGCCAUUACUGUUGCAAAGAAUUCUGAAAUGAUCCCUCCAGGCAGCCAAGUGAUCAUUGUUGAAGCCAAUGAACCAGAAGAAUUUGUUCCUGCCUCUGUGACCUGGCAGCUGGUGGAGAACCAAGAGACUGGACCUGGGAAGACAGAAACCGGCGUGUACACUGGAAACAGUUCAACCCCUCGUGGGGACAGAGGAAGCUGUUACCAUUUUGCAAUGAGUGGGAAAUCAUACCAAGUGGUAUUUGAACAUUUCACCAGCUUGCUUCCAAAAAUUCUGGUGAAUGGAACAGUUUUUGCAAGAAUGUCUCCUGGGCAGAAAUCAAGCCUUAUUGAAGAAUUUCAGAAAUUAAAUUAUUAUGUGGGCAUGUGUGGAGAUGGAGCUAACGAUUGUGGGGCUUUGAAAGUGGCUCAUGCAGGCAUUUCAUUGUCAGAGCAGGAAGCAUCUGUGGCAUCCCCUUUUACCUCUAAAACAGCCAACAUCAAAUGUGUGCCUCAUCUCAUCAGAGAAGGCCGAGCUGCUCUGGUUUCCUCCUUUGGAGUAUUUAAAUACUUGACCAUGUAUGGCAUAAUCCAGUUUAUCAGUGCAUUACUGCUCUAUUGGCAACUACAACUCUUUGGAAAUUACCAGUAUCUCGUGCAAGAUGUAGCCAUUACUUUGAUGGUCUGUUUAACAAUGAGUUCAACUCAUGCGUACCCAAAGCUGGCUCCAUAUAGACCAGCAGGACAGCUCCUUUCUCCCCCUUUACUGCUGUCAAUAUUUUUGAAUUCCUGUUUCUCCUGCAUUGUGCAGAUCAGUGCAUUUCUCUAUGUGAAGCAGCAGCCUUGGUAUUGUGAGGUCUACCAAUAUAGUGAGUGUUUUCUGGCCAACCAAAGUAAUUUUUCAACAACUAUGAGUCUGGAAAGAAACUGGACUGGAAAUGCAACUCUGAUUCCUGGUUCAAUUUUAAGUUUUGAGACUACCACACUGUGGCCCAUCACCACCAUCAACUAUAUCACAGUAGCAUUCAUCUUUUCUAAGGGAAAGCCAUUUCGAAAACCCAUCUAUACAAACUAUAUAUUUUCAUUUCUGCUGCUAGCUGCCUUGGGCCUCACAAUUUUCAUUCUGUUUUCUGACUUUCAAGUUAUAUACCGUGGAAUGGAGUUGGUCCCAACCAUAACAUCGUGGAGGGUUUUAAUUUUGGUGGUAACCCUCACCCAAUUCUGUGUGACUUUCUUUGUAGAGGAUGCCAUCCUUCAAAAUCAUGAGCUCUGGCUGUUGAUCAAAAGAGAAUUUGGAUUCUACUCUAAAAGUCAAUAUAGGACUUGGCAAAAGAAGCUGGCAGAAGACUCAACCUGGCCUCCCACAAACAGGACAGAUUAUUCAGGUGACGGCAAAAAGGGAUUCUACAUCAACAGAGGCUAUGAAAGCCAUGAACAGAUUCCAGAAAGAAAACUCAAAUUGGGAAGCCAACCCACAGAACAGCAUUUUUGGACCAGGCUGUAAUCAGAAUUGUUGUCGUACAUGCUGAACAGCACUGCUUUUCUCCCCAAAUUAACACAUUGUGGAGAAGUGAUGAUCCUCUCCCCUUAUCUUUCCUCUCUCCAUUCAAGCACUCAAAGCAUAUUUUCAAUGCAUUAAACCUAGCAGCAAAAGACCUUAGAUACGCUUAUUCUGACUGUAUGCUUUACCAAUGAGAGAAAAAUUAUACAUUUCCUGUGUUAUCCUUUUCAAUAAACUGUAUUCAUUUUGCAUAG